AUGCUCUCACUGGCAUGUCUGUCACUUUUGGCCACGGCCGUGGGUGCUGCAGUAGGUGGAGCACGGCGGUUUAUCGACGCUGACGGCCAGGGGGAAGUCUCGCUGCGCGCUGUGGGCGCAGAACUGGCUGCCUCGUAUCCAGCACACAACCUGUCCAUUCCCAUUGAUCACUUCCAAAAUGAAAGCCGGUAUGAACCACACAGUGAUGGCACCUUCAACAAUCGUUAUUGGUUCGAUGCCAGCCACUACAAACCCGGCGGCCCUGUCAUCCUGUUUGUUGCAGGCGAAGCACCAGGAAACUAUCGGUUUCCACUCCUUGAGAAAGGCAUCCUCUAUCAGCUUGCCUCGGCUCAUGGCGGUAUUGGUGUCAUCUUGGAACAUCGUUAUUAUGGGACCAGCUUCCCCUUUGAGGACGUUUCGAUAGAGGACGCUAGGUUCCUGUCGACAGAGCAGUCCCUUGCCGACGCGGCCUACUUUGCCAGAAAUGUCGUCUUCCCUGGACUCGAAAAUGAGAAUCUCACAUCCUCAGGCACCCCUUGGAUCGUGUAUGGAGUCUCUUACUCUGGCGGACAGUCGGCGUUUCUCCGAAAGCUAUAUCCGGACGUUUUCUGGGGCGGUGUCUCGUCUUCAGGCGUGACUGAAGCCAUGGUUGAUUACUGGCGAUACUUUGAGCCGGUCCGACAGUACGGACCAGCGGACUGCAUCUGGACGCAGCAGUUCAUCACCGAUGUUGUCGACAAGAUCUUCAUCGACAGCAAGAAUGAGACUCUGAAGGGCCAGUUCAAGCUCUUCUUCAACUACGCCGAGACUGCGUUGGACCAAAAUUUCGUCGAUAGUCUCUAUGAGGGAUUGAAUUCUUGGCAAAGUAGGAACUGGGACCCCGUCAUUGGGUCUGGUACCUUCAGCAACUGGUGUCAGAAGAUCACAAGCCCCAAACUAGAAUAUCCCUCAUCGGCCGCGGUCAACGCCUCAGCUUCUGAGAUCCUAGAAGCCACAGGCUACGGCGGCAACGACACGCUGACCCUGCGUCUGCUCAACUAUGCCGGAUACCUCGGACGAUCCUCCCCUGCAGAUGCGGGUCCUGCAGACGAGUCUGCCUCCACCAAGGCGUCCUUGGCCGAGACUGCCGUUCCCGCGGAGCAAUUCGAUUCAUGGGGGUAUCAAACCUGCACCGAAUGGGGAUACUGGGUCACAGGUUCCGGGUUCGACUCGUCGCUCGGCAAGCCAUUGAUAUCACGCAUCCUGGAUCUCGAGUACGAAAACUCGUACUGCGAAGCCGAGUUCGGCAUAGUCACCCCGCCCAACAUCACAGCGAUAAACAAGUACGGCGGCUUUGAUAUUUCAUACCCCCGCCUGGCCAUCAUCAACGGUCUCGCCGACGUGUGGCGCGAGGCAACCCCUGCUGCUGACGGAGCCCCUCCUCGCGAGUCUACAGUCUCGGAGCCGUGGAUCCUGAUCGACAAUCCGCCAGAAGACGUUUGGGAUGGUCUUAGAGGUGCUGGCCAUCACUGGGAAGCCAACGGGAUAUUUGCAAACCAGACUCAGGACAAGCAGCCCCCAAAAGCCAUCGCGGAGGCUCAAGCCGACAUUGUUCAGUUUGUGGGAAGCUGGAUCGAGGAAUGGAGGAGCUCUAAGAGGGGCUGA